AUGUGGCUCUUUCGAGUCUUCUCGUCGGCCGUCUUCCUCGCCGUCACGGUCUCUUCUAUCCCCUUGGCCUUUGACGUGGGCGGGAAGACAUGUGGUCUGGCCUUCUCCCUAUCUCUCGCAACAUUUUACUUCCUCUUCUCACUAUUGCGCCUCGCUACCCCUAAGCGCUCCUGGUUCCGAUCAUCGCUUGUUGCCAUCGUCCGCUCGACACAAUGGAUUAUAAUUCCGAUAUUGUUGAUCUGGUCCCUUAAUCGGUUCUCGGUUGACCCGGAGAAUAGUAGCGGGUGGGUGGAGCGCACCUUCAGCGGGAACCGAGCGCAGGAUAGCUCCAUUCAGGAAUGGCUGUUCGGUCGGGAUGGUUUGGUCGAAACUGCGACCCUGGGCAACUGGGACCGGCUUCUGCGCUGGUCUACCCCUGUCUUCCAGCUAGCAGAGGGUUUCUGUAGCCUCUUGGUGAUUCAGGCCGCUGGCCAAAUCACCCGGUGGCUUGUGAACCGAGGCGGACGCAGCGAUAGCUGGAUGAUCGGUCUCCUCGUCCUAUCAGCUACCGUCAUCUCUAGCUCCGUCUACUUCCUUUGGCGCGUUCUUCAGUUCCCGGAAAUUUCCAAUGUGGAUGCGGCCCUGAUCGGCGUUUCGAUUACUUGCGCAGUCAUCCUAUGUGCCUGGGGCAUUGGUAGUGGGCGUGGAAACCCAGUGGAGAGCUCGCUGCUGUUCGCCUACAUCGUUCUCUGCAUUUACCAGAUCUUUACCGACUACCAGCCGUCGUACCCAGUCGAGCAGAUUCCGUCUCCCUCACAAGCAGGCGAAUUUCCCCCGCUCCCGCCCAUCUUUAUGGCUUCAUACACCACUCUCAUGCACGCCUUGUCUCUCCUACCCUCAAUCAUCCACGCGGGCUUCAACGUCAUCACGGCUGUCUUCAGUGCGGUCACGCCAUCAGUUCUGAUCUCGCUCGCCUACCGACUCCUUGUCCUGUAUGCAUCAACGCGAAUUAUCCCAGCAGUGCGUGAAUCCGGAGCCCGCGCUCUCUCACAGGAGGCUUCUCUUGAAGAUUCUGAUGCCGCUGGUCAAGUCCUGGCUUUCCUGAGCUACUUCUCGCCGUCGAUACUCAUUGCUGUCUACACCAGUCUCCUAAUGCAGCACUUCUCGUCCACCUCACAAGCAAUGGGAGGCGUCGGCGAGUGGUGGAGCACUCAAGGUGCUGGCGGAAGCAAUCUCUGGCGAUGGAUCAACCUAGCGUGCACUACCGCAUUGUACGCAGUUGAGCUUUGGCUUGGGGAGCACAACGACCUUGACAAUGGACUGACUGGCCAUUGGAAAACCGACUGA